AUGUCCUGCUGUCCAACAGUCGCCACCCAUACGGAGGCUCCGCUCUGGCCUCGUCUCUGGAGCACAACUAAGCCCUGUUCCUCUCUCACUCCCCAGGGCUCGAAGGUCCUCGUGGACGCGCGGGACAAGCUGGGCAUCCCGUGGCAGCACUCGGAGAACGAGAAGCAUGGCAUGUUCCUCAUGGCCUUCGAGAACAAGGCCGGGCUGCCCGUGGAGCCCGCCACCUUCCAGCUGUACGUGCCCGCCCUGCACGCCCUCUGGGGGGACUCAGGCAUCCAGGAGGCCUUCAGCCGCAGGAGCGAGUUCCAGCUGGGCGAGUCGGUGAAGUACUUCCUGGACAACCUGGACCGCAUCGGCCAGCUGAACUACUUUCCCAGCAAGCAGGACAUCCUGCUGGCGCGGAAGGCCACCAAGGGCAUCGUGGAGCACGACUUCGUCAUCAAGAAGAUCCCCUUCAAGAUGGUGGACGUGGGCGGCCAGCGGUCGCAGCGCCAGAAGUGGUUCCAGUGCUUCGACGGCAUCACGUCCAUCCUGUUCAUGGUGUCCUCCAGCGAGUACGACCAGGUGCUCAUGGAGGACCGGCGCACCAACCGGCUGGUGGAGUCCAUGAACAUCUUCGAGACCAUCGUCAACAACAAGCUCUUCGUCAACGUGUCCACCAUCCUGUUCCUGAACAAGACGGACCUGCUGGUGGAGAAGGUGCGCAGCGUCAGCAUCCGCAAGCACUUCCCCGACUUCCGCGGCGACCCGCGGCGCCUGGAGGACGUGCAGCGCUACCUGGUGCAGUGCUUCGACCGCCGGCGCCGCAACCGCAGCCGGCCGCUGUUCCACCACUUCACCACGGCCAUCGACACGGAGAACAUCCGCUUCGUGUUCCACGCCGUCAAGGACACGAUCCUGCAGGAGAACCUCAAGGACAUCAUGCUGCAGUGAGGCCCGCCCGGCGCGGCGGGGACCGGGGCCUGCGACGAGCUACUGAAUCCCGGGGAAGGUGCACUACUGACGCCCGCGGCGCCCCGGCGGCCGCCCCGCGAGCAGCGCGCCUUCUCCUGCAGGAACGCCGUUCCCGCUCCGACCUUCGCCGGGAGUGUGCGUGCGCGCGUGUGCAUGUGCGGGGGGUGCGCGUGCGCGACUGCAUGUGUGUGCGUGUGCGGGGGGUGCGUGUGC